AUGAAUUUUAUGCUUGCAAACUCCUCUUCAUCUGUCAAUCAGUCUGGUUUGCAGUACGUCUAUAACCAGACAACCAGUGCUGUCCCUGAUGAAGAGCUCUUCUCCUGUGGAGGGUAUUUCUUCCUGCUUUUCAUUGAGGUUCUUUCAACUGUUAUUGGUUUCCCUAGCAAUGUACAUGUGUCAUACCUCCUGUUGUGUGGAGGGCUGGAACAUUCCACUUCCAACAUCUUCAAACUCAACCUGGCUUUACUCGACACAGUCUACUGCCUGUCCCUUCCACUGGACCCCCUAAGCACUUAUCUGAUAAACAACUAUUACAUCUUUCAAUACGUCAUCAUCAUCUUGGGUCUGAAUGAGAUUGGUGCACCUCUCUUACUGACCUGCAUGUGCCUUGACCAGUAUGUUGCUGUGGUGCAUCCAAUCGUGUUCAUAAAGCUUCGCAAUGGGAGUCACCGUUUGGUGGCUGUCACCCUCGUGUGGGCUGUGACCAUCACUUACUCUGUUUUAAUGGUCAUGUCUACCAUACAGCAUAAGGACUUCAUCUUCCUCGUCCCAUUUGUGGCCGCCUUCCUUAUCAUCCUCUUCUGUAAUGUGUCGGUACUGUGGACACUCAGACAAAGUGGGCCAGCCAGCAAUGAGUGGCACCCCGCUAAGAAACAGGCCUUCCGCACUGUCCUCGCCAUCUUCAUCAUCGUCACCAUCAGCUUCUUCCCACUGGCCGUCACCUACCCACUUGACCUCAUAUUUCAGAGUAUAACUUUUGACUGCAUCUUCCCCUUCAGCUAUGCUUUCAUCAUUUUCCGAGCACCUCUGCACGGCCUCUUCAUCCUUGGCCAAGCUCGGAAGCUACCCUGCAUGACCCCUGAUGACCGCAACAACCCCAGCGACCUCUGUCCUUGCUGCUGA